AUGUCACAAACAAGUGGACAGGUGGAGAUUUCUAAUAGAGAUUUCAAACGAAUUCUAGAGAAGAUUGUCAGUGCUUUAAAAAAGGAUUGGGCUAGGAAGACUGAUAAAACUCUCUGUGCUUAUUGGACAGCCUUUAAGACUCCUAUCGAAAUGUCUCCUUAUCAGUUGGUUGCAAGAGAGAAGAGGCUCCUCCAACUUAAUGAGUUUGAUGAAUUCCAAAACACAGCAUAUGAAAACGCUAAGCUCUACAAAGAGAAGACAAAGACAUGGCAUGAUAAAAAGAUAGCCACCAAAAUAUUUGAGCCGGGUCAAAAAGUCAUUCUUUUUAACUCAAGGCUCAAGAUAUUCAUAGGGAAGCUGAAAUUCCAGUGGUUGGGACCGUUUCGAGUCACUAAGGUUUCUUCUUAUGAUCAUAUGGAAAUCAUGGAAGAACAGUCCAACAGGAUGUUCACUGUCAAUGGCUUGAUAUUAAAGCACUAUCUUGGUGGUGACAUUGACCGCCAAAAGACCACUCAUCUGCUUACUUAG